GCCGUACAGAAAUGGCGUUUGUUUCUGUUUGAUAAACGUUAGCUAGCUCCAUGGAAAAACACACAAUACUGCGAUUUUGAAUCAAAAUUAAACAUUCUAAUGGUGGAGUCUGUGUUGUGUGUCAUAUGCGUCCAGUAUGAGUGGGGGUUUGGCACCAAGCAAAAGCACUGUGUAUGUGUCUAACCUGCCUUUCUCUCUGACCAACAAUGACCUGCACAAGCUAUUCACCAAAUACGGAAAAGUUGUAAAGGUUACAAUCGUAAAGGAUAAAGACACUCGCCAGAGUAAAGGGGUGGCAUUUGUUCUCUUCCUGGACAGAGAAUCAGCUCAUAACUGUGCAAGAGCAAUAAACAACAAACAGCUGUUUGGCAGAACGGUGAAAGCAAGCAUUGCAGUCGACAAUGGAAGAGCAGCUGAGUUUAUCAGGAGGCGGAACUACACAGACAAGUCUAGGUGUUAUGAAUGUGGGGAUACAGGUCAUCUGAGCUAUGCAUGCCCCAAAAACAUGCUGGGAGAGAGGGAACCUCCGAAGAAGAAAGAAAAGAAAAAGAAGAAAAAGGCUCAGCAACCUGAGCACAUUGAAGAAGAAGAAGAAGAAGAAAGUGAAGAAGAGGGAGAGGACCCUGCCUUAGAUAGUCUGAGCCAAGCCAUAGCUUUUCAACAAGCCCGUAUUGAGGAAGAAGAGGAGAAACAGAAGAAGCAGGCCCUUUUGUCUCAAGAAGAUGAUGCAUGCGCUUCGACAUCUUCAAAUUCUAAGAAACCAAGGAUCAAAAAAAGUGCAUACUUUAGUGAUGAGGAGGAGCUCAGUGACUAAUGAUAAUAAUACACAUUUUGGACUUAACCACCAAAUUGUUUGGUAAAUAUGGAUUUAGUUUUGUAAGGUUUGUGUUACAAUGAGGGUGUUAAAAACAUGAUUUCAUUUUUUUCUUCAUGUAGCUACAGGAGGCGAGACAUUUUAUGUUUCUCGAAAUACUGUGUAAUUGUUAUUGGGUUUGACUGAUAAUUGUAUCUUUUUUUUAAUUAUUUUUUUUUUAAUAUUGACAAACCAAAUGUUCGUUAUUCCAACAUUAACUGCAACAUCCAAUAAAGAGUGAUACUUUUAGUUUGUCGAAGUAAAUGAUGACAGGGUAGUUAAAAGACAGCUGCUGUUUAAAAAAAUGUAUUUGUCAAUCUCUGAUCAGUGGUGAGAAAUGUAUGUCAGGUGAGCAUAUGGUUGUGUUUUGAAUAACCAGCGGCCAAAAAUAAUUAUCAAAACUGGAAUAAGCACUUCU